AUAUAACGCUAUUGAACAUUGACCGAGGAAUAAUAUUGCCUUCAUCAUUCAUGGAGUCAAUCCGAUCAAAGUUUUCCUACAUUUUAGGAGGAAUCUUUGUGGUUAUCAGCAUUAUCUUAGCAGAAACAUGGGUCCUGUCUUUGGAUUUUCAAACAAGGGGGCGUAUUCUCAGAGCCCAGUUUGUGUUUUUCAUGCAAAUAGCAUUGCUAAUUGCAGAUUGGAUGGUGUGGCGAUCGUUGGCUACCUUUUUCGAUGCUUCUCCGUCACCACGAAGGAGUUUUAUGUCUAAGAUAUGGAGAACAUUUCUAGUUCUAUAUUCUCUGCUAGUCCAUUCAAGUUACUUGUGUAAUGUAUUGUUUGUGAGAACGGAACCAGUUGUAUUCUCUAUUGUUUGCUAUUUAUGUCUAGCUGUACAAUUUCAAUUUGUGUUCCUCAUCAUUCUCUUUAAAUUGCUUGAAUUAUCAUGCAAAGUUUUGAAAGGCAAAGCAUUUCACAAUAAGAAGAUAUACUUUGUGGCAUUUAUUCUGACAUUCUUUCUAACUGGGUAUGGUUUCACAAACUCGCAAAAGCCACCUGUGAUAAAAAAUGUAAGAAUUCCAAUCAGAAAUCUACCUCAGAAACUGGAAGGCUUUACAAUAACAUUGUUGUCUGAUAUACAUCUUGGAGUAACAGUAGGAAAGAGCAAAUUGGACAGAAUCGUUUCCAUGGUAAACGGUCUAAAUACAGAUACUGUGGUUAUUGUUGGUGAUCUGGUUGAUGGUCCAGUGGAAGAGUUGAGAGAGUCUUCUAAAAGCCUUACCAAUAUCAAAUCAAGAUACGGGAUAAAUUAUGUGACAGGGAAUCAUGAGUACUAUACCAUGGAUGCCAAUAACUGGUUAGCCCACCUGGAUUCUCUAGGGAUCAAGGUCCUCCACAACAGUAAUAGACAGAUCCCCCCAGGAGUGGAUCCAAAGGAGCAGAUGUGUAUGGCUGGAACCGAUGACAUUGAGGCAGACAGGAUAAUGUAUGAUCACCAUGGAUUCAAACUGGACAAAGCUGUAAAGGGAUGUAAUCCAGGGCAACCCAUCAUCCUCUUGGCACAUCAACCUAAAGCCGCUAAAAUGGCACUUCAGUCUGAUCACCAUAUAGACCUAGUCCUCUCAGGUCACACACAUGGUGGGCAGUUUCCUCCGGUGGUUUUUGGAGCCUACCUCUUUAAUCCAUUCUAUGCUGGAUUAUAUCACUAUGGAGACAACAGCCAUGUUUAUGUUUCCAUGGGAACAGUAUACUGGGGCUUUCCAGUUCGCAUCAUGACAACUCAGGAAAUUACAUUCAUUACUUUACAUGCUGUCUGAACAAACAUUCUUUCAUUUUUUUUUUCUUGAUCUCAAGAUUUUAAAAUUGAAUGUAUUUAAGUGUGUGUGCUUUUGAUGUGUUCCUAAAUCAUGGAUUUAUGGCUGUCUCCAGACAUUGUGCUAUACUGGAUACGUACUGUUUUUAUUAGCCAUUGUUUAUCAGUUAAGUUGAGGUCUUAGCUUACCACAGUUUGCAGACUUACCGGUACAUAUUUUGUAAUAUUGAUUCAUUUCCUUUGACCAAGGAGGUUAAAGAUUACUCUUCUGCAUAGAGUCUUAAAAGAAAGAUUAUCUAUACACACAAAAUGUAAGUAAUCCUUAAGGAUUCAAUAAUCUUAAUUAUGUAACAUACCUAAGAAAUAUAGAGAUAUAAUUGACCAUCAGUAAAAUGCAGGAUGUUUCAGGCUUUAAGUUUUGUUGUAAUUUGUUGUAUAUACAGUUAAACUUCGGUUUCUUGAACACCAAUAUCUCAAAUAAAUACCAUGGGUAUGUCAAAGUAAUUUGGAAGUGCCAACCACUUAUCAUUUAUUCUUGAAUCUUCAGAGUUUUUUGUCGGCCUAGACUCAGUCAGUCCCAUCGAGUUUGUGAUAAUAAGGUUUUACUAUAUCUAAAUUAUAAGAACUUGAGAAUUUGUUUUUAUUGUUUUGUGCCUUACAGUACUUUUAAAUAUGAAAUCUUUGUACACUAUGCAGACAUUUUAUCAGCAUCGUGUUUCAUAUGCAUGUAUAAAUGUAAUUCAGGGUCCAGUUUUACAAAAGAACUUGCGACUAAGACCAACAUAUAAUUCCACUUACUACU